AUGAAGGUCCCGCCAAGGUCCCGCUCAGAUUCGAAUCAAUCUCAAAUGUUUCAAUCAAAUGGAGAAAAGACUACCGAAGUAACGAACGGUUACGGCGCGCGAGUCACCCGUGGACCUGAGUACUUAUGGAUGGACUUCAGCCUUCGUGCUACCCUACCAGCUGGUCUGACUUGGUUUCUGUCGCAACAUCGCCUACGCGCGCAUCCUACCGCCAUGGAAACAUUCAAUUGGGACAAGGUUCAAGGUGUGAAUACCAGCACGCGUCGCACAGGGCAAGGCAAACCUUCCCCUUUCGGGUGUGAGCGCUUGUAG